UAAAUCACAAAAAAAAAAAAAUUAAAUAAAAUUAAAAAUACCUAAUUCUUCAAUCCCCAAAUUUCCCCUUUAAUUUCACUUUUCUAGGGUUUUAAAUUCGUUAAUUUCGAGACAGAAAACAAACAAUUAUACAUACUGAACAUAUACAUAUAUACAUAUACAUACAUAUGAUUGUAUAGAUACAGAUAUAUAUACAUAGAUACAGGUUGGUAUGGGUAUGGCAGGGUUUGAAAUUGGGGGAAAUUUAUGAUUUUGGAGAGAGGGAAAAUGGAGAAAGAUGUUGAAUCAAAGCUAAAUAUUAAUAAAAAUGAUGAUAAUAAUAAUAAAGGUAAAACCUUUAAAUUUAGAGCACCACAAGAAAAUUUCACAAUUCAAGAUUUUGAAAUGGGCAAGAUCUAUGGUGUUGGUUCUUAUUCAAAGGUUGUGAGGGCAAAGAAGAAAGACACAGGAAAAGUGUAUGCUUUAAAGAUUAUGGAUAAAAAAUUCAUAACGAAAGAAAACAAAACUGCUUAUGUGAAGUUGGAGAGGAUCGUGUUGGAUCAGUUGAGUCAUCCUGGAAUAAUCCAACUUUAUUUUACAUUCCAAGACACUUUUUCACUAUACAUGGCUCUUGAGUCUUGUGAAGGUGGAGAACUUUUUGAUCAAAUAACCAGGAAAGGCCGUUUGACAGAGGAUGAAGCUCGUUUUUAUGCAGCUGAAGUCGUGGAUGCUCUUGAAUACAUACAUAAGCUGGGUUUGAUACAUCGAGACAUCAAGCCAGAGAACCUGCUUCUUACAUCAGAUGGACAUAUUAAGAUUGCUGAUUUUGGUAGCGUAAAGCCCAUGCAGGAUAGCCAGAUAACAGUUCUUCCAAAUGCAGGAUCAGAUGACAAGGCAUGCACGUUUGUGGGGACCGCAGCGUACGUCCCUCCAGAAGUAUUAAAUUCUUCGCCUGCAACUAUUGGAAAUGAUCUCUGGGCACUUGGAUGCACCUUGUUUCAGAUGUUGUCGGGAACUUCACCGUUCAAAGACGCAAGUGAGUGGCUCAUUUUUCAAAGAAUUAUAGCACGAGAUGUCAAAUAUCCGGAUUACUUUUCUGAUCAUGCCAGGGAUCUGAUUGACAAAUUAUUGGAUAUUGAUCCUCAGAAAAGACCUGGUGCGGGACAUGAUGGAUAUGAUGCACUCAAGAAUCAUCCUUUUUUCAAAGGAAUUGAUUGGUGUGAUAUAAGGUCAAAGAGCCCUCCUAGACUUGUAUUAGAGAAGGGUCACACCAGUGGUCGCUCAAGUGAGGGUGAUGACACUCCAGAUUCAUCAUGGAACCCAACACAUAUUGGUGAUGCCACAGGGACAGGAGAUACUGUUUCUGAUGUCACUUCUUCCUCUGAUACGGGCAGUAUAACUAAACUCGCGUCAAUAGACUCCUUUGACUCAAAAUGGCAACAGUUUUUGGAUCCUGGUGAGUCCAUUCUUAUGAUUUCAAUGGUCAAGAAACUUCAGAAACUAUCAAGUAAGAAAGUACAACUUAUCCUAACCAACAAGCCAAAGCUGAUAUAUGUGGACCCCUCAAAGCUAGCAGGUAAAGGGAACAUGAUUUGGUCCGAUGAUCCCAAUGAGCUUAGCGUCCAAGUUAGCAGCCCAUCAAAUUUUAAAAUUUGCCUGCCAAAGAAAGUUAUGACGUUCGAGGAUCCAAAACAGAGAGCAUAUCAGUGGAAAAAGGCAAUCGAGACCCUUCAAAACCGGUGAUACCUGUUUUUAUAUGAUUUGUUUACACAUUCUUUUCAUGUAACAUUAAUGUCGGACCUGGGGAAUCCCAAGAACAGUGGGAUUCCCCUAAGGAAUCUGUUAUAUUCAAAAACAAAAAUACAUUCAUCUCA